AUGCAGGUGCUUCACCAUUUAAAGCAGGAAUAUAAUCCCGAACACCGUCAAAUCCCUCAAACUCGCACUGACCGGCCGCUGCCUGGCCGCUGCCUGCAAGUCACCAUCCCAUUCGUUCUUCGUCCAAACCCUGCUUCCAACAUGCGUGUUCCUUUUAGUAUGCGUGCCUUCCCCACUGACUCAAACAGGGCGUAUUUAUUCCUUUUACCCAGCAUCUUCAGCAUCUAUCCCCAUGGCCCUGAGGCCUACGUAUUCCUGGCCCGGGUCGGGGUCAGAAUCAAGUUUGACCUGACUGAACUACCUGAGCAAGCCUGUUUGAAGCAUGAAUUCGGCGACAUAGCAGAUUGCCUGCGGUACGUGCUUAAAGAUCUGGGACCCCUCCCCGCAGCUGCAUCAGUCACUCUCCUGCGCCUUGAUCUUGUAGAGGAAAUGCGUACGCCUUGGGAAUACCCUUGUAGAGCGUCAGCGUCUUCUUCUCAGAGGGGGUUUCUACCAGCCUCCGUGUUGGCGCUGCCGGUGGAACCAGGCGGCACGAUAUCGCCAACUACUGGUAACAAGUACGAGCAACCUACUCUGUAUGCUGGAGGAAUCCACUUUGGAGAGUAA